CACAGUCGAAGCCACUAAGAGAAGAAGAAGGUCACCACUCGAACAGUGAAGGUGUGGUAGGUCAAACGUGGAGACCAAAACUCAGUGGAACUCUGGACAUGGGAAUUUGUGAAGUCCUACCUUAAACUGAAGGACACACAUUUUGAUGCCUCACUUUUGAGAGUCAACAAGAGAUUGCAGCAUUACUGAGGGUCAUGAUGGAGAAACUCUCUGAAAAAGAUAAAGGUCUGAUCCGGGACAGCUGGGAAAGCCUGGGGAAGAACAAGGUGCCACAUGGAAUUGUUAUGUUUACGAGGUUAUUUGAGCUGGACCCAACACUGCUUACCCUCUUCAGCUACAGCACAAACUGUGGGGAUGCACCUGAAUGCCUAUCCAGUCCUGAGUUUCUUGAGCAUGUCACAAAGGUGAUGUUGGUGAUUGAUGCAGCUGUGAGCCAUCUUGAUGACCUAAAUACUUUGGAGGACUUCUUGUUGAACCUAGGCCGGAAGCACCAGGCAGUUGGGGUCAACACCCAGUCCUUUGCCUUAGUUGGAGAGUCCCUACUUUAUAUGCUUCAGUGCAGCUUGGGUCCAGCAUACACAGCACCACUGCGUCAGGCCUGGCUCAAUAUGUACAGCAUCGUGGUAUCAGCCAUGACCAGAGGCUGGGCCAAGAAUGGAGAACAUAAGUCCAACUGAGAAGGAGAUAGAAGAUUCACACUGAAAUACACCAUACUGUAAUUAACAUUAUUGCUAUGGAGGUCCACCAGAUGUAACUUCACAAAAGAUCCUUUGAAAGAGUGAGGGGCUUGAUCAUGGGAUCACCAAAGUCAAUAUAUGUUCAGUUGAGUUGAAUGUGUUGGCUGCCUGAACAGUCCUAACUUUGUUAGCUUGGUAUAAUUGUAGUCUGAGAUUGUAGUUAUGGAUAACAAAGUGGUAAUUAGGUUGAUGAGCUGUAUGAUUUUGAAGAUGGGAAAGGACAUAGAUAGUUUAUGGUGGAAAAUAUAAUAAUGUAAUGUAAUAUACAUAUAAUAAUGAAAAUUUAUUUCCUCAAACUAUCUUAAAUGACUGUUUAGAUGUAUUGAUAUUUAAUGUGAGCGUGCUAAAACAGAGUUUUGACUAUGCACCUGUGAGCUUGGUCAGCUUGAAAAAUAAGACCUUUUAGAAUCAAUCUAUUGGAAGAUAAAGCAUUUAAAACCAACCCAAUUUUCCUUUAAUCCUAAAUUACACAGCAUUUGUAUUAAUUCUUCUAUAAACUUGCUAUAAAUUCUAUAUAUUCUUAUAUAAAUAAAUUAUUCUGUUAUCUACUGGUAGUUUAAGUUUAGUGUAAGUUUGAGAUGCUCCGUAAAUUACUUGAACAUAAUCAUAGUGAUAUUUAAUUAUAUGGCCCAAAUGUUUGUAUCAAAGGGCGCUAAAUUUUUUGAAAGGCAAAUAAACAAUCAGUAGCCAUAUAAUAAAUUAUUGUUAGCAUAACUUUUUUAAUGCCAUUAAAUGCCAUUUAUGAACCAUUAAUGGAGUUUGUAAUGGGUUCAGGAUCAGCAAGGAGGAGGUGGGAACUGGUAGAACAUUAAAUCUCGAGUCGAGCCUCAUCAAUGAGCCCCUUCCUUGCGGAAAGCAAGCCACAUAAAUUUACCUUUACUAUUCAAAGAUUAUAUGGGCAGGCGAACUCAUGAAUCAGUAUUUCUGCCAAUGAAAGUAAAUGACGAGAACUGUUACAUCCGAAAUAGCUUUUGGAAUUUUUAGACUGUUAAUUUAUCAACCUGUGCCAUGUCAUAAGUUUACAUUUCCAUUGUAUGGGAUUACAUGUUUAGCACUCUACUCAAAGGCUUACUUACAAAAUACUUGUGUAGACUGUUACUUAACAUAAAGUGACUGUUAUAUCAUAUUAACUAGAUUAUCUAUUCACUUAUUUAGAAUUGUCGAUAGUAAGUUUUCAUGUCAAAUUAUCUGCUUCAGCGUGCAUAAAAUAAUCUUUGUUAAAAUUUGGCUAAUCGUCUUUUUGCAGUUUUUGUUAGCAGUUAUUCUGAAUAAUAUUUUAAAAAAAAGUAAAUUAUAUUAGUUGGCUUAUUAUUAUUACAACCUUAAGAACAUACAGUAAGUUAAGAACAUACAGACUCUUAUCUCGAGAUAAGAACACAUGUUGUCAUAAUUAUGAGCUACUGUAUAGAAUUUGUUUUAAAAGCGAUGAUAACCAUUUUGCUGCUAUCGUCCAAAAAAUGAAUGGGUUUGUAGAAAUGUGGUCCUCUUUGUAUGAGAGAUUUCUCCAUUUGAAUGGUCCUGGCCAAGUAUCUCAAAAUGUGUAGAGGUAACUGUGUGUGAAUUCAUCAAAAACCUAUAUCUAAACUGCUAAUAUGUAAAUUUUACAUGUUCACAUUAUAUGAGAAUACCUAUUUUAGGUAUAUAGCCUACUGUGUAUAUUUAGGUGUAUGUGGAUUUAUGUUUUAUGUAUUACUUAAUGGUGCACUAUGCAGGGUUGUGUGCCACUCAGAAUUGAAUUUAGAAUGCCUUUAAAAUUCCAAUUCAGUUUUUGAAUUUGAACUGAGGUAAAAAUUAAGAUGCAGAACUGUAAUUUGUAUUUGGAGAAAUAGAAUUAAAAUGGAAAUUAAAAGAAAUUCAUAAGCUGCUAUAAGUGCAGUUUUCACUUAUACAUUUUGUUUGUCGGUAUGAAUUACCCAUAAACAUGGUGAUGUUAAUAACAAAUGCUUGAAAUGCCAAAUGUAGAAACGGUAUUUAAAUUAGAUAAAUUUCAUUAUAUCUUAUAGAUUAAAUUUCAUUAACAGCCAUGGGCCAUAGUGGAAGAAAACUUUAUUUUCCAGAAUGGUCUAAUUUACCCCAAAUGUUGAAGUCAAUAUUUAUUUUAUUAUGUUUUCUGAAAACAGUGUGGUUGACAUUUUUUAUGCUGUAUGGCAAAAAGUGGAGUAAAAAUGUAACGUUAGGGGUAAAAAAUGCAACUUCUGAAUCACACUUGUCACUGAUUAUGACAGGGGUGUCUAAACUUUUUUCAAUUGGGGGCCAGAUCCAAAAAAUUAAGGUGUUGCAGGCCGCAUCAUUGAAAUAAUAAAAAAAAAAGGGCUAGAUGCUUCAAGACUGCCACUAUUGCAUCAUCUUUAUACUGUAUGCUGAAUAUUAUGUGAGUUUUAAUCACACUUUGUAUUAAUAAAGGAUAGUUCUCUCACCAAGAACAUUUGUAAUGGAAAAGAUGUAUUUUUAUUUUUAUAUGAAAUAUUAUACUAGGUAAGAAUUUCUGUUACCUUCACUGCCCUUGGAUUUUGGGUGUUUAUUUUUUUGACAUCCAUUCAGUGUCACUGCAAAGCACAGUGGCUAUCGUUAUGAAAGCUGAAGGCGCUCCUCUCUCCUUUGAGACUGUAAGAGUAAGACGCGAGAGGAGAGGAUAUAGAAAGCUGAGAUUUUAGGAAGAUUUGUCAUAGGCUCAAGCCUCGACUCGGUUGCCAUGUCAGCACACAUGACCUACUAACACGUUCAGUCCAUUCUCCUAAGCUAAGCUGGAAAGAACCCAGUCAUUAAAAAAAGGGGAAAGGUGUUUACUGUGUUGGCCUCUGAGCUUCGCCGCCUGUGCUGCCCUUUCCAGAGUUGCACUUUUUGACUUGAUGUUUUCCCUAUUCAGUGAGACUAAAGGUCUUUGCGGUGCUUGUUAAAAGCACCAUGCCACGAAUUGGGAGGGUUAUGGGUUGCCUGGUGUCAGUGGAAUGACAUACCUCGCUAAAAUUGUCAGGAGUUCACUUCUUGCUUUUCCCGAAUUAUAAGCCGGGAACUAGAGUGUGAGAUCUCCACAGAAACACAGGAUGGUUAGCCCUGAUUUUACUGUGUUGAUGCCAUACCAGAAGAGUGCCAUGCCACAACUCGAACUUAGACCUCGUUGCAAGGCCUGCAUGCUGGAUAGACCGAGCGGUGUGUCCGUUACCUCGACGUUUGGUUGCUGAUAGCUCAAUCGAAGGUACAAGCGUCCAAGCACAGAGACCUUUUGCUAGCGCACUUGGGCCUCAAGGACAACAGGAUAAAGAGCUUGUGAGUGCCCAGUCAGCAAGUUUACUUCCUAGGAAUUAAACUCGACUCAAUAACUGUGUCGGCACCUGACCUGUCCAUUCUCCUACACUUGACAAGUUUCAAGCCUAAGAAAACCCUUCCAUUGCAUCAGUACCAGCGAGCGCUGGGAUUGAGUGCAGCUACAGCCACCCUGCUAGUCUUGCUACAGAUGAAACCUCUCCAGUGCUGGCUCAGCCCGAGGGUCCCUCAUCACACUUGGCGAGAAUCACCUUCGCCUCAGUGAUAUGUCGCUGUUUAAGCCAGGCUAGCUAUUGGAGGAGAACAGAGUUUUAUCGGAAAGGUGUGACACUCGCCAAGAUGGUCAGACGGCAAAGUUGUCACCACGAACACAUCCAACACAGGCUGUGAAACUGGCACCAAAAAUGGCCCAACAGCCACUGGGUCCCGGGGGUGGUAAAGCCCCCGGGAAAUUCCUUUGAGGAGGAAUCUGCUCUCACAAGCUUGAGGCACGAUCUGACAUCCUCAGCCAGAGCUGUGGAGACUCCUUGUCUGGCCUGUAAAUGGGGCUUGUCUGACACAAAAUGGUUGUUGCACCCGGUGCUAAGCACCAUACUUCAGACCAAACCCCCCUGUAUAUACAUUGCCCUGUGCAGAUGAUACUCUCCUUCUUGCAAGAGCGUUUGGAUGCAUGACUCACUCCAUCCACGCUUACGGUUUACGUCACUACCAUAGCAACCACUCAUGACCUCUGAGGGCUUGUCUAUAGGCAAACACCCUCUCGUCAGCAGAUUUCUGUGUGGUGCGAGACAAGCAAUAUCCUUUUUUCGCACUGCUACCAUCCCCGUCUGGGACUUAGCGCUGUUCUUACACACGCUUACAGGUUCCCCGUUUGAGCCACUAGAAGUGGUAAGCAUACGCAUACUCUCUUUGGAGACUGUGCUGCUAAUCACUUUGGCAUCAGUCAAACGCGAUCGGGACCUUCCAGCCCUCUUGUUCAGCAACUCUUGUUAGAAUUCGGACCGAGCCUGUCAAAGGCCAUUCUUUCAGCAUCUCGAUUCCCCCUUUCAUGGAACCAAGGUUACAUAAGUAACUGAGACGUUAUUAUCUGAGAAAUGAAUUUCGUAUAAUUUCUCAAUAGUGGGCCAAAUUCCAUUCUAUUUAAAAAGUAUUUUGCAGGCCACAGUUUGGACACCCCUGGAUUAUGCGAACAUGAUUACUUCCUUGUUUCAGUGUGGGAUGCAAACCCGGGUCUCCCACACAGCUCACAGGUUUCAAUUAUAUUGCACUUCCGUUUGCACCACAAGGAAAGGUAAACAUGCUUAAACCAAUGCAAAAAUGUCUGAUGGUAGAUGUUGCAUGUCAGAGAGUCGGCAUAGUGUGGCCGAUCCUGGGGUACUGAAACUCUCAGAAACAACAUGCUGACUUCCUGUGUGAUUCAUGUCUUGAAUUCCUUCGAAUUGCAUUUUAGUAAAUUCCUCUUCUUGCCAUUUUCAUUUAAAAUUUUAACUCAACAUCUGGUGGUGUGGCCAAUUUAAUUUAAAUUCCAACUCUUGAAUUUAAAAGGAACUUAAAAUUCUUUAAUUCAGAAUUUUGCCCAACCCUGGCCUCACUCUCAAAGGCUGUUUUCUUUUUUGCUGAAACUGUACCACCGAAUGGCUUUCCAUUAACCUGUUUAUGGAAUAAGCUUAUUAGUACUGGAAAUCUUUUACAAAGGUGCAAUGAUUACAACAUUUUCAAGUGACAUUGUUUCCUUGUGAUAAUCCCUGUGUAUUUACCAUUGAGUAUUGUGUGUGUGCAGUGUUUGCCUCUCUGAUUUUCUUUUGAUAUUCUGUAACUGAACUGUCUCAAUGUCUACCUCACUGAAGCAGCUGCUACUACAGUAAACAGUGAUGUUAUGACCUGACUCCUCAUUAACCAAAAAAUAAUGAUACAUUGUCAGUUACACUGUACAUCCUUUUUCCUCAGCCAGUCACCAAUCCAACAAGUAUCGGGAUCAGUCAAGGCUCUAUGUCAACAUGUGUGUUUAAAGCUUAUUUGUAAAAAAAAAAUAAAA